AUGCAAAAGCACUUUAAAUAUUUCCUUUUGGCGGUGAUUGCGAUUCUGUUCACUAUAACAGUUGUGAGCGGUCGACGGGAAUGCAUAGUCCGUAAGGUUCCCAAUGCGGACACAAUGUGUGUUUGUAACGCCACGUAUUGCGAUGACUUCCCGCCCCUCCGACCGGCCAAACAGGGCUUCGCAACCGUUUAUGAGAGCAAUAAAGUCGGCGACAGGUUUAAGGAAACGGAACUCAAGUUCGGCUCAACCACUUCGAGCGCCGUAUCGGACGGACAACGGGUGACCGUAACGAUAGACGCGACCAAAAAGUAUCAGUCAAUCUACGGCUUCGGCGCCGCUUUCACCGACAGUACGGGACAGAUGUUGGCGUCGGUGGACGAGUCGUUGGCCAACCAAUUGAUUGACAGCUACUUCUCGGAGAACGGUAUCGAGUAUUCGGUGGCGAGAGUGCCGAUGGCCGGCACAGACUUCUCCGAUCGGCCCUAUAGUUACGACGACUUCGACGAAGAUCUGGAGCUCAAACACUUCGCCCUUCAGAGGGAAGACACCGAUUGGAAGAUCCCAUACAUUAAGCGAGCGCUGAAAGUGAGUCCACACAAAGUGAAACUCUUCGGCAGUCCGUGGAGUCCUCCCGCGUGGAUGAAAACCAAUCACAAGUUUGAGGGCAACGGUUAUCUGAGGGGUGAUGUCGGCGGACCCUACUAUCAAUCGUUUGCCAACUAUUUUGUCAAAUUCUUAGAGGCGUACAAAUCUCAUGGCAUUGAGUUCUGGGGCUUAACCGUCGAGAACGAGCCAAAUGAGGGCCAAAACAACAAGAACUACAACUGCCUGAACCUCACGGGUCCGACGGAACGGGAUUUCGUGAAACUCAAUUUGGGACCCACUCUGGCGAAGGCCGGUUACGGCACAGACAAAGUGGCACUCAUGGUAUACGACGACAACUUGGGUGAACUCAAACACUUUGUCACUCCCAUACUGGAGGACAGGGAGGCCAUGAAGUAUGUGUCGGGCAUCGCGUUUCACUGGUACGGCAACGGACUGAUGGACGUGUGGCCCGACUCGCUGUUGGACGAGUUUCACGAAAAGUACCCUGAUACUUUUAUCCUCAACACCGAGGCCUGUCAUUUGAGUGACUCCGAGCCGAGUGGCGUACGUCUGGGCAAUUGGGAGUACGCGGAACACUACGCCUACGAUAUCAUAAGAGAUCUGAAUAAACACAUGAGGGGUUGGGUCGAGUGGAAUAUGGCGCUGGACAUGAAAGCGGGACCAAGGUGGAAUGAAAAACAGGGCUACGGUGGCUGCGUUAACAUCGACCCGGCUGUUGGCGAGGCCUACAAACAGCCCUCGUUCUACGCGAUCGGACACUUUAGCAAAUUUAUUGCACCCGAUUCUGUGCGCGUCCACAACACCGCCGACCAAACGUUCAAAAAUUUUUCAGUGCUUACCGUUCAGCGGCCCGACAAUCGGCUCGUUUUGGUCGCACUCAACGCCCGGUCCGGCGAUAUUGAGCUCAAUAUUGUGGACUCGACCCGCAGUUUGUCUCAUAAAAUACCCGCACAUUCCGUUCAAUCGUAUAUUUGGUGA